CUCGGCCCCUCUCUUUCGCUCCUUUGCAGCGGUUGCCUCGGCGACGUACUGUUGUUGCUGCCGGAAUUUGUUGGAGCGUUGAGCGAAUUUGUUUUCAGUUGUUGUGCAGCGCUGAACUUGUGAUGUUGUGUUUGGUGGUUGAAGUAGUCGAUCCAAGUCCCGAACUCUCCUGAAGACACCUCCUCCACCAGAAGACACCGUCGCCGGGCAGUCAGCGGAUCACCGGAUCCCGGGAAUCGAAGAUAUAGUGACGCCGGAGAUCGUCCCGCCUGCUGGCCACCGUUCCCGCGUAGAUUAUAGGAUGGGUCUGCUAUCGCUGUUGCGUAAACUGAGACCCAAUCCGGAGAAGGAGGCUCGCAUCCUGCUCCUGGGCCUGGAUAAUGCGGGCAAAACAACGAUACUGAAGCAAAUGGCCUCGGAGGACAUUACCACGGUGCGUAUAAAAGCGGCGAACUUCUUCCGUUUCCCCCAUAAAAUACGGAGUGAAAUCCCGCAGGUUACGCCCACGGCUGGCUUUAACAUCAAGUCCGUGGCAGCCGAUGGUUUUAAGCUAAAUGUUUGGGAUAUCGGCGGCCAAUGGAAGAUACGUCCAUAUUGGAAGAACUACUUUGCUAAUACCGAUGUGCUGAUCUAUGUAAUUGACUGUACGGAUCGGGCUCGAUUGCCGGAAGCGGGUAGCGAGCUGUUCGAGAUGCUGAUGGACAACCGUCUAAAGCAGGUUCCCGUGCUGAUCUUCGCCAACAAACAGGACAUGCCGGAUGCCAUGAGCGCCUCCGAGGUGGCUGAGAAGAUGAGUUUGGUCCAACUGCAGGGACGAACCUGGGAGAUCAAGGCCUGCACCGCUGUGGAUGGCACUGGCCUCAAGGAGGGAAUGGACUGGGUCUGCAAGAACAUGAAGAAGUAAUCUUAAAUAUCGCAAUCGUCGCUUGUUAAGUUGUCUUUAAGAUCUAAAUAUACGUACCUACUUUUAUUUUCACUUAAUAUAAACAAGAUUUUAACCU